UUUAAAUCAUCUGCGAUCUACCGGUCGAUCGACCGAUGGUCCACUCCUGCUAUAGAGAAAUACUCUAUGGUGAUAAUCACGGCUAUAGCAUUAACAAAGCAACACUGAUAAAGUGAUAACAGUUUAUUGUUUACUAAAUUACUUCCAUCUCUUUUAACAGCAGUCUUCUUAAAUACUAAUCGAUUCGAACAUCGAAUUGUGCCCAAAAACAUUAAAAUAUUCGCAUUAUAUUGAAUGAAAACUUAUUUAAUUCUAUAAUUUAUAUUAACAACCAAAAUCAGUAUUCAAUCUGACUGGUAUUAAAAAGUGAGUACCUAUAAAAGUACAAACUACUUACAUAUUAAAAAAUGCCAAAUAGAUAUUUUCGAAAUGUAUUUCCUGACAACACAAAUUUGAAUUAUUCAUAUUAUGUAAUUUGGAGAAAUAAAGCAAUCAGCCUUACAAAAUGGAUAAUGAAGAAUGCUUCAUCUUCAUCAUCUAAUGAUUUGUAUACAGGAACAACAGGAAUUGCGUAUAUGUUUUAUCGUUUAGCAACAUCAAAUACUUAUGACACCAGAAUGUCUACAUCUUAUUUAAAUAAGGCUGUUGAAGUAUUGAAUCUCAAGGAAUAUAAAUUCAAUGAAAAAAAAUCAUCCCAAUUUAUUUGUGGAGAUGCUGGAAUAAAUGCUGUAUAUGCUGCAAUCUACCACCAAAUUGGUGACGAAAAAACUUCUGAAAUAUACUUGGAAAAUUUUAAAAAAGGAUUAACCAUUUGUAAACCAAUUGAUUUUCAUAUGGCUGGAGGAGAUGAAUAUUUUGUUGGACGUGCGGGAUAUUUAUUUGGUGUUUUAUGGCUAGAAAAAGUGUUUGCUAAAAAAAUUAUAGCUGAUCAAGAUAUUGUUGAACUUUGUUCUACAAUUGUGGAGUCUGGGCGCAGAUAUUCUAAACAAAAGAAAAGCAUGUUUCCUCUUAUGUAUUCUUAUUACAAUAAAGAAUAUUUGGGUAUAAUUUUUUUCUGAAUAUUAAAUAUUUGUCUGAAUUAUUUUUUACAAUGUUUAUUUUUCUUUUAGGGGCGGCUCAUGGUUUAUGUACAAUUCUACAGGUGUUAAUUUCAUUUCCUCAAUUUAUUCAUAAAGAACCACAAGCAAAACAAGAUAUUAAAACAUGUAUCGAUAUGUUGAUAUCAUUACAAACAGCCAAUGGUAAUUUUCCAUGUACAAUGAAUGAAAUAGGGCCAAAGCAGAGAUCUGAACAAGAUGAACUGGUUCAUUGGUGUCAUGGAGCUCCAGGUAAUUAAUAUAUUAAAACUGAAGACUUGAGAUAAAAAUGUGUUAUUGUUCCAUACUAAACAGGAUAUAAUAUAAGUUAUAAAAUUGAAAUGUUUAUAUUAUUAUUAUUGGUCAUAUUAAAACCAAUAUUUUAUUUUAUUGUGUAAUUUAAUAAUAGUUUUAAAUGUAAUAUUUUUCUUAGGUAUUUUCUAUUUGUUAGCUAAAGCAUACUUAGUUUUCAAUGAACGUUCAUAUUUGGAAUGUUGUUUAAAAUGUGGUGAUUUAGUGUGGAAUAAAGGACUUUUAAAAAAAGGACCUGGUAAUAUAAAAUUAUUUUUUACAAACUUUUUUUUUUUGUAAACUAUUAAUUUUAUGAAUUUGUUUGUUUUAAUUAAGGAUUAUGUCAUGGAGUAGCCGGAAAUGGGUAUGUAUUCUUAUUACUAUAUAGAUUGACCCACGAAGUAAAAUAUUUAAAUAGAGCAAUGAAGUUUGCUGAAUUUAUAUUCAUUGAAGAAUGCAUUCAGAAAUCUAGAACACCAGACCAUCCGUACAGCUUAUAUGAAGGAUUUGCUGGUACAGUGUGUUUUUUAGAAGACUUAGUGUCACCCGACAAUGCUAAUUUCCCAUUUCUAGAUGUAUUUUAAUUACAGUUUUUAUUAUCUUUAAUAAUACAAACAUUAAACAUUGUAUUUAAACUUUAAAGGCUUACUAAUGUUUUUAAACACACAUUUUUGCAUUAUUAGUUAAUUUGAGUUUAUGUUUUUUCAAUGCAUAAUUUUAUUAAAUUAAAGGCGUAAUUACCCAGGUUAACCAGUACUAUGUAAUCUGAGCUUCAAAUUUGUUGGCAAUGGUUGAAUGGUUUUUAAUUUUUUUUUUUGAAUAAAAUAUGUUAAAGAAGUUUUAGCUGCAUACCUAUAACUUUUAUUUAUAUAAUUACCCAGUAAAUUUUGGGAAAUAUACAUUAAUUUAUAACUAAUUAAUAUAUAAAUAUUAGAUUAUCAAAAUUAUGGUAUUUGUCAUAAUUAAAUUACAAUUGAAAAUAUAUUUAUAUAUCAUAGUUAGAAACAAAGCUCAGGCUUUUCAAAGUAAAUUUAUUUAAAAAAAAAAUGUUAAUUCGCAUUAGACUUUGAUUGCAGAAUUGUAUUUAAAAUAUAUCACUGCAUUUUAAACUGAUUGUAAUAGUGUAAGUUACUCGAAUGUAUGAUAUAAAGUAUUGUAAAUUAUAAUAUUCCUUUGACAGUAUUAAUUUUUUAAUUUGUGUUUUAUGUGAACCGAUAAAAUGUUUUUGGCAUAUUAUUGUUUUUUAUUAUUAAUUAUAAUAACAUCUAGUAUAUCCAUAUAAGUUUUAAAACUUAGUAUUGUAUAAAAAAGUUAUAUUUUAACUUUUAAGAAAUAAAAAUAAUAAUUAUCUUUCUAAAAAUAAAUUACCAAAUGAGUACUUAUAUUGAGUAUAUUAUACAAUACAGGUACUCAAAAAUAAAACUUUAUCUUUGUCAUUAUACAUUUUUUUUUUU